AUGCAGGGCAAGGCCAAGCUGCUGCUGGUCCACAACGGCCGCAUGGGCCCAGCUGUGUCGGAUGGAGAGUUAAACGCUUCCAGGGUCCAUGGCAGCAACCACAGUGUAAACAGCCUACCAGGACAACCAACCACCUGCAGCUCCACACAGGGGUCAGUGGUCAGCUGGGCAGAAUCCUUCGAAACACUGCUGCAGGACCGCGUGGCUGUCACCUACUUCACUGAGUUCCUCAAGAAGGAGUUCAGCGCUGAAAAUGUCUACUUCUGGCAGGCAUGCGAGCGCUUCCAGCAGAUCCCAGCCAGCGACACGCAGCAGCUGGCCCAGGAGGCACGGCGGAUCUAUGAUGAGUUUCUCUCCAGCCACUCGGUCAGUCCUGUGAAUAUCGACAAGCAGGCCUGGAUUGGGGAGGACAUGCUGGCCACCCCCUCCCCAGACAUGUUUCGCAUUCAGCAGCUCCAGAUCUUUAACCUGAUGAAGUUUGAUAGCUACACACGCUUUGUGAAAUCCCCACUCUACCAGGCCUGCCUGAGGGCAGAAAGCCAGGGGCAGCCCCUGCCCGACCUGCGUCCCCAUUCCCGCAGCAGCAGCCCUCCACCUGACCUCAGCAAGAAGUCGAAGCUGAAGUUGGGCAAGUCCUUGCCGCUGGGUGUGGAGACAGCGGGCAGUGGUGCCAACCACAGCCCCCGACGGUCCUUCAGGAAGGCAGAGCGGCGGGAACCUUCCUGGGCAGAGGGGCGAGAAGGCAGUGGGAGCGCCAUGCUGUGGCGGGAGUCUCAGGGCUCGCUCAACUCCUCGGCCAGCCUGGACCUGGGCUUCCUCUCCUUGGCAAGCACAACUGCUAGCCCCUGGACAGAGGGCCAUCGGAAGAGCCUGGGAGGCAGUGAGGCAGAGCUGCCGGAUAAGCCCAUGAAGUACUGCUGCGUGUACCUGCCCGAUGGCACGGCCUCGCUGGCCUCUGUCCGGCCUGGCCACUCCAUCCGUGACAUGCUGGCAGGCAUCUGUGAGAAGCGUGGCUUCAGCCUUCCCGACAUCAAGGUCUACCUGGUGGGCAAUGAGCAGAAAGCACUAGUGAUGGACCAGGAGUGCUCUGUGUUGGCAGACCAGGAGGUGAAGCUGGAGAACAGGAUAAGCUUUGACCUGGAAAUCUCCUCCCUCCGUAAGACCAUCCGCAUCACAGCAAAGCCAACCAAGUGCAUCCGGGAAGCACUGCAGCCUGUGCUGGGGAAGUAUGGCAUGAGCAUGAAGCUGGUGCUGCUGAGGCGGCAAGGUGAGACGGCCACCCUGGACCUGGAUAAGCUGGUCAGCACAGUGGCUGCUCAGAAACUUGUUCUGGAAACACCAGCAGGCAUGAGAGUGACAGAAAGCACCGAGGCUGCAGCUGCUCCCUCCCCUCUCCAGAGUGAGGAGGGAAGCCCAACAGGAGCAGAGCCUGACACACUGUGGGAGAUGCCCUCCUCCUCUUCCCAGUCCCGGUCUUCAGCUGCCAUGAACCUGAACCGCCGCACAUAUGACCUGGAAGGGCUAGUGGAGCUGCUGAAUCGUGCCCAGAGCUGUCGGGCCAAUGACCAGCGUGGACUGCUCUCCAAGGAGGACCUAGUCCUGCCUGACUUCCUCCAGCUCCCUGAGCAGGCUGACAGCACCUGUGAGGAGUCAGAUCAGCCCCAUGCCCCUCACCCAGGCUCUGAGGGAAAUGGCCAUCCUCAGCCCACAGAGUCCACACCAGCUCAGCCUCCGGUCAACCACGAGCUCCGAUGA